UGCUUUUCUAGCCUCACCACUGCAGUGUCCUGUUAAACUGUUCUUUCAAAGCUAGGGGUCAGUGUGUUUCUUCUGUUCAUGUCUUAAAAUAAACUACGACCCAGAAGCAGUUCUUAAGUCAGUCUUAACUCGUACUCUGGGAUCAGUUCAGUUUAUAUUUCAAGAUGCGUAGACUGGUGGUGUUUUGCUUUUCAGCAGUUGCUCUUUUGGCCGGUGUAAAGAGUGCUUUUCCACCACCAUGUGACAGUGAAAUAUACUGCACUGGGCCCAUCUUGCAUCAGGUACAGAAAGCUAAACUGUUUGAUGAUGACAAGUACUUUGUUGACAUGAAGCUAAAAGCAGCUCCUGGUGAUGUUUUGUCGGCUUUUCGUAACCUUUCAAGUGAAGCGCCAAACAUGACUGUCCUGCCUGCCAAGCUGCAGGAGUUCCUCAGUGUGUACUUUGAGAAACCAGGGACAGAAUUUGAGUCAUGGACACCACCAGACUGGCAUGAUAAGCCAAAGUUUCUGGGAGGAAUAACAGACCAAAAACUGCGCGACUGGGCUGAAAAGAUACACAAUCUGUGGAAGUCUCUCGGCAGAAAGAUCCGUGUCGAUGUUAAAGAUCACCCAGAGCUCUACUCGCAGAUAUACCUCCCACAUCCUUUUGUUGUGCCAGGAGGGCGCUUCAGGGAAGUCUACUAUUGGGACUCCUACUGGGUCAUCAACGGACUCCUGCUGUCAGAGAUGACAGAGACGGCCUACGGGAUGAUUCAAAACUUCCUCUAUUUUGUCAACAGAUAUGGCUUCAUUCCAAAUGGUGGGCGGAUUUACUAUGAAAGGCGCAGUCAGCCUCCAUUCCUCACUCUGAUGGUGGAGAGCUUCUAUCAAACAACCAAGGAUAAAGAUUUCCUCAGAGCAGCGUUACCAAUUCUGGAGCAGGAGUAUCGCUUUUGGAUGCAGAACCGUUCCGUGGCUGUGACAGUAAACGGGGCAGAGCAUGUACUGAAUCGCUAUCAUGUGCAGGUGGGCUUGCCCAGGCCUGAAUCUUACACAGAUGAUCUAGAAUUAGCUGAAGGACUCACUGAUGACCGUAAAGAGCAGCUGUGGAUGAAUCUGCAUGUGGGUGCAGAGUCUGGUUGGGACUUCACAUCCCGCUGGUAUAUAGACGGUGACAGCCACAACAGCGGCACCCUCAGAGAGACCCGCACCAGUCAGAUCCUCCCCACAGACCUCAACGCUCUAAUGUGCCUCAAUGAGAAGACUCUUGCUUCAUUUCACAGGAUACUGGGUGAUGGUGACUCAGCUGCACAGUAUGACCAGGCUGCAGCCCGCAGACUGGGGGCGAUAGAGUCUGUGCUGUGGGAUGCUGAGAGAGGAGUCUGGUUUGACUUCAACCUGAUGACUCACUCAAAACACUUUGAGUUUUACCCCUCCAACCUGGCACCUGUUUGGGCGCAGUGCUAUUCUCGGCCUGAGAUGGCAGAGAAGGCUGUGCAGUAUCUGAAGGGGAGUGGUGCUCUACAGUUCCCCAAUGGAGUCCCAACGUCACUGAAAGACUCUGGUCAACAGUGGGACUAUCCUAACGCAUGGCCUCCUUUACAGCACAUGCUCAUCAAUGGUUUAUCCAAACUGCCUUCAGAGGAUGCUAAACAGCUAGCAUUUGAUUUGGCCCAGCGUUGGAUCAAAACAAAUUGGUUGGCAUACAUUAAGUAUGACGCCAUGUUUGAAAAGUAUGAUGUGAACGGUGAUGGCAAACCUGGUGGUGGAGGAGAAUAUGAAGUUCAGCUGGGUUUUGGUUGGACAAAUGGCGUGGCGUUGCAGCUCCUGGACCAGUAUGGGGAGACUCUCACCUCAGAAAGCACACGUGUGUCCUCUGGUCUUCUGCUGCCUCUGGUCAUCUCAGCCACUCUCACGCUCCAGUGAAUCAGAGGUGACAACAGAGCCUGACGAGAGGUCGGAUUUUUUUUUUUAUUCUUUUUUUCACUGCACCGCAUCACUGCUGCCCACUGACUUCAAACAGACACAACAUGGCAUUAAAAAUCUGAUUUUUUUUUUUUUUUUUUUAACAUCCUAGAUGAUAAGGAUCACUUUUAUUUGCAGAAUGAACACGAUAUGAUUUAUCAUAACUAAGAAAUCCUUUGAUGAAUAUUUUAGUAUUUAUCCUCCGAGGUACAUGAUCUCUGGCUUUAUUAAAAGAUGCAGAUCAUUUAGGCGCUUCUUGACUCUCUCUAGUAAUGCAGGCUGUUAGUGCUCGCUGCCACUUGGAUCACAGCAUUAAGCUGUCUCAGAAAAUGAGCUGACAUUAGAAAAAGUCAUUCACCUAAUUCACUUAUUCAUUGCUGUACUGUAUCUUAUCUCCGACUCAGGUUUUCUAUUUGGAUGCAAACUGAAGUUGGACUGUAAAUGAGCUGAUGUGAGAAAUAAAA